AUGGCCCCUCUGUUCGCCAACCAGUCUUGCGACCCAUUCCAGCCCAGGGACAAGCCAUGUAAGCUCGGCAACUACGUCAGAUAUGCCGUUAAUGCCACAUCUUCCGAGGAUGUCGCAGCGACUUUGAGCUUCGCCAAGGAGAAGAACAUACGCCUUGUCAUUCGUAACACAGGUCAUGACUACCUCGGCCGUUCGACUGGCGCAGGAUCUCUCGCUGUUUGGAUUCACUACCUAAAGGGCACAGAAGUCAUCAAUUGGAAAGACGAUCACUAUAAAGGGAAAGCCCUCCAAGUGGGCGCCGGUGUUCAAGGAUUCGAAGCGCUCGCGGCUGCUCAUGCUGAGAAUCUCGUCGUCGUUACUGGAGAAUGUCCUUCCGUUGGCCUUGCAGGAGGAUAUACCCAAGGAGGCGGUCAUUCAGCCCUAAGCACUAGUUUCGGCCUAGCAGCAGAUAACACCCUCGAAUUCGACGUCGUUACUGCUGAUGGAGAGCUUGUCAAAGCGAGCAAAAGUGAAAAUAGCGACUUGUACUGGGCAUUGAGUGGAGGUGGCACGGGUAACUAUGGUGUCGUUAUCUCAGCUACUGUACGGGCUCAUCCAGAAGCUCAAAUCAGUGGAGCCAAGUUUCUUGUCACUGCGCCUGAAGGACAACCAGAGCUCAUAUAUAAUGUCAUCGAUGCUUUCCAUGCUGCUCUGCCGAAGAUUAUUGACUCUGGGGUUAUGAUCAUCUACUUCUUCUCAGACUCAUUCCUUCAGAUCCCAGCUCUAACGGCGUAUGACAAGACCGAGGCCGAGGUCAAGCAGAUCCUUCAGCCAUUCGCCGAUUCUUUGUCUGAUCUUGGUAUCAAAUUCGAGCCUAACUUUACGCACUUCCAAAGUUAUCACGAGCAUUACGAUCACUACUGGGGUCCCCUCCCGGCAGGUAACAUCCAAGUAGGGACACAGCUCUUCGGAGGUCGUUUGCUGCCGCGUAAUAAGCUGGAAGACUUCUCUCCAACAGCUCAGAAGCUCGCUGAGAUGGGAGUCAUCUACAUCGGCGUCGGUCUCAACGUAUCCAGAUUCGGGGGCAACAACGUCAACUCCGUACUACCCCAAUGGCGAGAUUCCAUCGCGCAGGUUUCUCUGACUCUUCCUUGGGAUAACGAAGCUCCAUGGGAGGAGAUGCUGGCUACUCAGAAGAGAAUGACAGAGGAGAUCCAACCCAUCAUCGAGGCAGCGACGCCUGGUGCUGGUGCGUAUGCCAACGAAGCAGACUUUCAACAAAAGGAUUGGCAAAAGACUUUCUACGGUGUCAAUUAUGAUAGGCUGCUGAAGAUAAAGAAGAAGUACGAUCCUGAGAACUUAUUCUAUGCGACAGUCGCAGUCGGUAGUGAGGCUUGGUCUGUUGCAGAUGAUGGGCGUAUGUGUCGGUCUCAAAAGUGA